CUUCCCCCCCCCCCCCCUCACCCCCGGCGAGCUCGCGUUCUCGGCGGCUCGGUGAGACGCGUGCUAUGCUCGGCGCCAGGCUAACAACCACAAAAUACUUUUUUUUUUUUUUAAGCAUCGCCAACCCGAUUCAUAACCGCACGCGAGCAUGGAGAAGAAAAGGUGGGAUUGCAGUGCUCUCCCCAAGGGCUGGAAAAUGGAAGAAGUGACCAGAAAGUCGGGUUUGUCCGCCGGGAAAAGCGACGUUUAUUAUUUUAGAAUUGUGUUCUCCUUUAGCAGAGGAGACGAGCCAGAUGAGGAACAGAGGCAAGAGAGGGGGGAGGCGGGUCGGUUGUAUAGUUUGUGUCCAUCUGGGAAGAAGUUCCGCAGCAAACCUCAACUGGCCCGUUACCUCGGCAACCAGAUGGACCUGAGCUCUUUCGACUUCCGCACGGGAAAGAUGCUGAUGAGCAAACUGAACAAGAACCGUCAGAGGAUGCGCUACGACAACAACAACCAGAACAAGGGUAAACCGGACCUGAACACGUCACUUCCAGUGAGACAGACAGCCUCCAUCUUCAAGCAACCAGUAACCAAGGUUACAAACCACCCCAGUAACAAAGUCAAGACAGAUCCACAGAAAGCUGUGGACCAGCCCCGUCAGCUAUUUUGGGAGAAAAAACUAAGUGGUCUCAAUGCGUACGACAUUGCAGAAGAGUUGGUGAAAACGAUGGAGCUGCCGAAAGGUCUCCAAGGUGUGGGUCCGGGCUGCACGGACAAGACUCUUCUGUCGGCCAUCGCCAGCGCACUCCACACCAGCGCCGCCCCCAUCACCGGACAGCUGUCCGCCGCCGUGGAGAAGAACCCGGGCGUGUGGCUCAACACAACGCAGCCGCUCUGCAAAGCGUUCAUCGUCACCGAUGAGGACAUCAGGAAGCAGGAAGAGCUCGUGUACAGCGUGAGGAAACGUCUGGAGGAGGCGCUGAUGGCUGACAUGUUGGCGCACGUGGAGGAAGCGGCGGCGGGCGAGAGUGACGCCUUUAAGGACGAAGGCAACGGCAGCGAGGACAUGGAGAGCGUAUAGCGCUGGUGCUGUGAGCAGAGACAUCACUAGUAUAUUUUUUCCCAGGUCCUCAUCUUCUCCGUGGACAUUCGACAAACCCUUCCCCGACCCUGAGAAGGAUCUCCGCCCAAACACUCUCAGAGGACUCAACCGUGUCCGUUAUUGCCGCUGGAUGACAGCAAAGUAUGAAUUUACCCUUAACAGGAAGUGACAUCAUCAGAACUAUUCACAGAAUAAAUGUCUGACAGUUGAUGAUGAAUGAUGAAUAUUUAAACCUUUUUUUUUUCCCCAUGACAAUCAUGUCAGUUAAUGUUUUAUCAAGGAAGAUUGGACGAUUAGCAUUGCUCUACCGUCUUAAAUUUUAACCAUACCCUUUUUUGUGUAGCUCAAAAAUAGGCAGCGGUUGACGGGAAGUUGUCAUGUGUUUCCAUGAUCGUACGGCAUCUUUUAACCAUUUUUAAAACACAUGCCAUGGUGGCCUCGUACACGCGUGUAUCUUCAUGGUUCAUGAUUUUUUUUUAAUGUCAUUAAUAUUUGAUGAGUCAUACUUUUAUUUUUAUCCUCGUUUGUUGAUGUUUAAUGGUAAUUCCUGCUGAAAUUGUCUGUUCAAUAUCAGCAAGGCGAGUGCUGAAUUUGAUUAUUGAUGAAUAAAAUUCGCUAUGCUAUGA